AUGUCAAAAAAAAAGCAUGAAAGCGCCACGUCUGAGGGUCUUUACUGCACACAUGUCACUGGCUAUCAGGCCGCCCAUUCAUUACUUCGCACGGUAACACCCCUCGCACCGGAGAUAGUAUUUCAGCUGUCGAACAUCAAGGUCUGCUGGACGGACAAGUGCACAGUGUUGUUCAGGCCACCAUUUCCAGAUCAGACGGAGGGGAACAAAGUGUACAAAAUGUAUCUGCAGCGUCCACCAACUGAAGAGGACCAGACUCUCUUACAAUGGUUGAGGUACCACCAAACAUCUGGUGCAAAGCCCAAACCAUACACGGACGACCGGGUCCUGGUGGGUGUCAAGUACGUCUCUCUGUUCAAUCCCAUAUUCUUUUACCAACACUUGACCAUGAAUUUCCCGCAUCGCGAGGCCAAGCAAUUGAGACAUGCUGAGGAAGACACCAUGCCUGAGACGAUCAAACAUUUUGCACAGUCCAUUGCCUUCACCCCACAAAACUGGGAUACAGCGGAGACCAUCACUGCUGAAUUUGAACACGAGGGUCAUAAGGCUUACUUCAUCAACACAAUCGUCUCUUACGUUCAGUCAUUUUAUGACAUCCUCUACCUUUGGCGCAAUCGUGUCAUCACUAAUCAAGUCGGGGACCUCUCCUCUCUCUCUUUGGACUCCCUCUAUCCGCUUUCACCUCAUCAAACCGCCAUACUCGCAGACAUCACAGCCGCCCUUUCUUCCCGCCAAUCUUGUGUUCGACGACAACCAUCCUGCCGCCUCUGACUCCAGCUGGCAAAAAUACCGUCUUCUUUUGGGGAAGCCUGGCACAGGCAAAUCACAAGUACUCAUCCGCGCCAUUUCUUACACCAUUCGCCAUGAACUGUCAGUCCUAGUAGCCGCUCCUGUAGCCUUGCUGGCCCAAGGCUACAACUCCAUUUUCUACGAAGACGUCACCACCGAUACUCUUCAUGGUGCUUUUAGCAUACCCAUUGAUGGGCCUCUCCUGAACGAAAUCAACCAUCGCAGUAAUCAGUAUGACCUGAUUGUUGCUGACGAGGCGUCGAUGAUCUCCCCACCUAUCUUUGGAGUAAUGGCCUUCACGCUUAAUCGGAUGAACCUUCGCCCCGUUGUGGUCCUGGCAGGUGACAAGUGUCAGCAACAACCUUUGCAGACCGUCAAUGGCCGCAUCACUUCCACCACCUCCAUAAUCAACAAUAACGCCACCUUCUCUUCCUCUAACGCAGUCAUUCAUCGCUUACACCAGCAAUUCAGA